UGGUCCCUCCUGUCACUGGAGGAUCUGUGCAGCCCGGGACUCGGAGCUCCAGCAGGUCUGCGGAGGCUCGGGAUGCUCUUCCUCCUCUUCCUCACCGACACAGACGCGCCUGAACCUCCGGAGCCGCCGCCGUUUCCUCCCGAUCCGGACCCGGCUAACACCUGGUCCCGCUCUCCCGUUCAGAACCGGAUCCUUUUAUAACCCGGGAUACAAACGCUGCGUUAUGUGAGGGGGGGGGCUGCAUGGGCACGAGGCGGGGGUGUUUAUGUUCUGUGGGGGUUUUUGGACACCGCGCGCGUGCGUUUGUUUACGAAAACUACAAAAUAAAAACGGAAUACUUUGGAUUUAAAUACUUUAGACACAACAACCCGACAUGAGGAUUCAUUAAGACGCUGACUGAACAUUUUGGAGAGACUGAACGCUCCAGCUGCACGCGCCUGUACAGCUCUGAUAUUUUGGGAACAUUCCCGUCAGUAUUUAGGCUACCUGUACCUGUGUGUGUGCUCACCUGUGAGGACACAUGUCUCAUAUGGACCAGUACCAGCAGCACCAUCCGGGUCAGUACAACCAGGUCUGCACCGCGCACAGCAGCGCGGGGACAGAGCCGUGUUGGCCCGGCCAGAGGACCCGGAGCCCCCGCAGGAAGUGGCAGCUGUUCCCGGGGAGGAACCGGUUCUACUGCGACGGGAGGCUCAUGAUGGCGAGACAGGCGGGGGUCUUCUACCUGACCCUCGGCCUCAUCCUGCUCACCACCGGCCUCUUCUUCACCUUCGACUGUCCCUUCCUGGCGUCCAACCUGUCCCCGGCCAUCCCGGCGGUAGGCGGCGUCCUCUUUGUCUUCGUGAUGGGGAUGCUGUUCAGGGCGAGCUUCACCGACCCCGGCGUCCUGCCCCGCGCCACGCCGGACGAGGCCGCCGACCUGGAGAGACAAAUCGAGUCGUCCGGCUGCUCCCGGCCGCCGCCUCGCACCAGAGAAGUUCUGAUCAACGGACAGACGGUCAAACUGAAAUACUGCUUCACCUGCAAGAUCUUCAGGCCGCCACGGGCAUCCCACUGCAGCCUCUGUGACAACUGUGUCGAGCGCUUCGACCACCACUGCCCCUGGGUGGGGAACUGCGUCGGCCGGAGGAACUACCGCUUCUUCUACCUGUUCAUCGUCUCGCUGUCCUUCCUCACCGUCUUCAUCCUCGCCUUCGUCAUCACACACCUCAUCAUCAGAUCCAACCGGACGGGUUUCCUGAGCGCGCUCAAAGACAGUCCAGCCAGCGUCCUGGAGCUGGCCGUGUGUUUCUUCUCCGUCUGGUCCAUCGUGGGUCUGUCGGGCUUCCACACCUACCUCAUCAGCUCCAACCAGACCACCAACGAGGACAUUAAAGGCUCCUGGUCCACCAAGCGAGGGAAGGAGAACUCCAACCCGUACAGCUAUGGAAACAUCCAGACCAACUGCUGUGCUGCUCUGUGUGGCCCUCUGCCUCCCAGUUUGAUUGACAGGAGAGGUCUGAUCCAAUCGGACGCAUCGCAGACCGUCUCCCAGGGCGACGGGACGGCCAGCCACGCCUCCACCCGGCGCCACAGCCGCACGUGUGAUCAGGAUCAGUGUCUCCAGAGCACCAAGUCUGUCCUGCUCCACGCCAACCCCGUGGUCCUCGCUCCUCUCCCGGGGAAGCCCGUGUCCCUGGGGGGCCCCUGCGCCUACCUGGCCCCCUCCCAGCCCUCGCUGCCGUCCUGCGGCGGGGGGGGAGGGGGGGAUGUCCUGACCCUGAGGGACGCCACUGCCACAGACUCCCACUGCCACCUCCUCCAUCACCAUCACCAUCACCAUCACCAUGGCCGCCACUUCGCCAGCCCGGAGGAGACGCCGUGCUCCACGCCACAGGGCGCCCUGCCAUGCUCCACCCACCUGCACGUGCACUCACAUGCCCCCUGCCCCGCCCCCGCCAGUCUGUACGAUCCCGCCAGUCAGGACGCCCUGCACGAAGACUCUGUCAGAGGGCUGGUUAAACUCAGCUCCGUCUGAACCAAAAUACUUCUGGAAUUACACCCUUUUUAAACUGCACCCUAUUUGGUGUGUGUGUGUGUGUGUGUGUGUGUGUGUGUGUGUGUGUGUGUGUGUGUGUGUGUCUCUUUGUGUGUGU